CCGCUCCUCUCAGUCAGCCCCCCCUCAUUCCUUCACCCACCGUUUCCGCAGCAACAGGGAAAAGAUGGCAGCCCUCGCGACCCUCACUCAGCUGUCAAGCGGGAACCCUGUAUACGAGAACUUUUACAGACAGGUGGACCCGGGAAACACCGGGAGGGUUGGACCUACGGAGGCUGCCUUGUUUUUGAAGAAAUCAGGCCUGCCUGACAUCAUGUUAGGAAAGAUCUGGGAUUUAGCUGAUCCAGAUGGCAAAGGUUUCUUGGAUAAACAGGGAUUUUACGUUGCUCUGCGUCUCGUGGCCUGUGCGCAGAGUGGACACGACAUCAGCAUUUCCAGUCUAAACCUCCCCGUUCCCGCUCCGAAAUUUAAGGACCAUGGUAGCCCAUCACUGAGCUCUGUUACAUCAACCAAUGAGAGCCACUGGGCGGUGCGGCCUGAAGAGAAGAGCAAAUUUGAUGGUAUUUUUGAAAGUCUUGCCCCAGUGAAUGGAUUACUGUCUGGUGAUAAGGUCAAACCAGUACUAAUAAACUCCAAACUUCCUGUGGAUGUGCUUGGAAAGGUGUGGGAUUUGAGUGACAUAGACAAAGACGGACACUUGGACAAAGAUGAGUUUGCAGUGGCUAUGCAUCUGGUGUACCGUGCUCUGGAGAAGGAGCCUGUGCCCUCAGUCCUGCCCUCCUCUCUCAUCCCUCCAUCCAAAAGGAAGAAGUCAUCAGGAUCCUUGUCCAGCAUGGUGCCAGUGUUACCAGGAAGCCCGCCGCCACCUAAAGACAGCCUGCGCUCAACCCCCUCUCACGGCAGCAUGAAUUCCCUGAACAGCGCUGGGAGUUUGUCCCCAAAACACACCAUUAAAUCCUCACAGCAUUCAGUAAACUGGGUGGUACCAGUCUCAGACAGAGGGCGCUAUGACGACAUCUUCCUCAAAACAGACAGUGAUCUUGACGGCUUCGUCAGCGGCCUAGAAGUUAAAGAAAUCUUCAUGCAGUCCGGCCUUCAUCAGAACCUCCUGGCCCAUAUUUGGGCUUUGGCGGACACCAGGCAAAUGGGCAAACUCACGCGCGAGCAGUUCUCCUUAGCCAUGCAUCUCAUUCAGCUGAAAGUCAGCAAAGGCAUGGAUCCUCCGCAAGCUCUGACUCCAGACAUGAUCCCACCGUCUGAACGCGGCACACCGGGACCUAGUCUGUCGGGUUAUAUGACACCAGUGGGUUCUGACAUGGCCGCACUGACCGAGAUGCGCCGGGACAGCUCCAGCUCCGUGGGUUCAGGCGAGUUCACCGGGAUUAAAGAACUGGACGAUAUAAGCCAAGAGAUCGCUCAUCUGCAGAGCACUCUUGCUUUCACACACUGGGAUACACUCAGAGAGAAAUACACUUUGGAACAAGACAUCAGAGAAACAGAGGAAGCCAUCAGACACAAAACCACAGAGGUUCAGGAGAUGCAGAACGAUCUGGACCGAGAGACGUCCACCCUCCAGGAGCUUGAGGCGCAGAAGCAGGACGCUCAGGACCGGCUGGAGGAAAUGGACCAGCAGAAAGCAAAGCUGGAAGACAUGCUUAAUGACGUACGGCAGAAGUGCCAGGAAGAGUCGCAAAUGAUCUCAUCGCUACAGUCCCAGAUCCACUCGCAGGAGUCGGACCUGCAGAGCCAAGAGGAAGAGCUGGGCCGGGCCAAGGCUGACCUGAACCGUCUGCAGCAGGAGGAAGCACAGCUAGAGCAGAGUCUACAAGCUGGCAGGAUUCAGCUAGAAACCAUCAUCAAGUCCCUCAAAGCCACACAGGACGAGAUCAACCAGGCUCGAAGCAAACUCUCCCAGAUCCAGGACAGCCAACACGAGAUCAGUAAGAGCAUCGAGCAGUACAGCAGCACCCUGAACGGAACCCACGGGGGCAGCAUGACCAACCUGGCCGACAUGAGCGAAGGCUUUCCAGAGAAGGAGAACGGUGGUUUCGGGGCUAUGGAAGACCCUUUCAAGGUGAAGACCACUGUGUUCAACAGCGCCCCGCAGGAGAUGCAUACAGACCCCUUCCAGUCUGAAGACCCGUUUAAAACAGACCCAUUCAAAGGCGAUCCGUUUCAGAAUGACCCAUUCUCAAAGCAGACCUCCACAGUUGCAGAUCCUUUCGGUGGAGACCCUUUCAAAGAGACUGACCCGUUUAGGACCUCUUCUGAAGAUUUCUUCAAGAAACCCUCUAAGCCAGACCCCUUCAGCAACGCCGAUCCUUUUAGCAAAAGUGCCACACUUCCCUCAAAGAGUCAUCAUUUUUCAAGUAAUGACCCCUUCAGCUCCACCAGCCCCAAACCAAAAGGCCAAGAUUUCUUCGGUACUUUGGACCCAUUCGGAAGCAGUUCAUUCGGCAGCAACAGCGGAUUUGCAGACUUCAGCCAAAUGUCAAAGGGCUUUGUAGAUGACCCCUUCAGCCGAAAACAAGACAUGCCAGCUCUCCCGCCCAAGAAAAGCAUACCACCACGACCCAAACCACCCAGUGGUAAAAGCACUCCAGUAAACGUGCCCGGAUCCGCUGAUUCGGCCAAGACGAGCGAUCCCUUCCAGCCCUUCAGUGCUGAUCCCGCUGAUCCGUUUCAGAGUAAAAAGGGGGUGGGAGACCCGUUUAGUGGCAAAGACCCAUUUGCUCCAUCUGCCUCAAGUAAAGCCUCUAAAGACUCUUCAUUGGGUUUUGCAGACUUCAGCUCUUUUGGGAAUGAAGCCCAGCAGAUGGAGUGGGCGAAGCGGGAAAGUGAGAGAGCAGAACGAGAGCGGCUGAAGAGACUCCGCCAGCAGGAGCAGGAAGACCUGGAACUGGCCAUCGCACUCAGCAAGGCCGAGAUGUCCAACGCCUGACCACCUUCCCCUCAGAUCCACCCUUCUGUACACUACAGCGACGAUUGUGUGUGUGCGUGAUGGACCGAGAUAAAAUACAUGCAAGACCGUUAAACCUCUGUCCUUUUGUGUUCAUGUGCAGGAGGGCGGCCUAUGGUUUGUGAAUCAGCUAAUUCACUUCACAUGCACUGCAUUAACCUCUCAGAUGGACUAUAUCGUUUAUUUAAAGUGUAUUUUUUUGUGUAAAUGUGCAUCAACAGAGCCAUGGACAUUUGAAGACCGUUAUCGGUCUCUGCAGAUCAUUAUCUCCACUGGUUGGGAAAAAAGGGACAGAGAAACCGCUAAGAAAGUUGCGUUUAGAUCCCAGGUAGAGUCGAACCAGAAACUUGAAUUACCGACGCUACACUCCCUACCUUGAGCCCUUGAGCAAGGCACUUAAUUCCAGGUUUCUUCCUGAAUUCAAUUGCUGUAAGCGUACUGUGAGUCGAUUUGGAUAAAGAGCAUCUGCUAAAUAAUAACUUUUACUGGCUCUGGCUGUAGUCAGUAUGGUACACACUGGAAUUACAGCAGCGCCUGUAGACUAAACGUCUGUAGGGAGCUCUUGACAUGACGUAAAGCUGAACGAACGGCAGUGUGGUUCUAGAAGUGGCGUUUUAAAGAGCUGUUUGAUUCAGAAGUUAACUUGUUUUUUUUGUUUUUUUAUUUCACAGUAUUGUUCAGAGAAGAAGGUUAAGCAAAGGUUCUACAACUGCACUGAUUUAAUUUAUUUUUUUCCCCAUGUUAAACGCUGGUUGACACCACUGCAGGACUCAACAGUAAGGAUAUUUUUUUCCUGGCCCCAUUUUAUUUGUUAGAAAUAUUUUCUUUAAAACAUUUUCUCUCGUUAUAUCGAUCGUCCUAUGUUGUUUAUCUUUUUUUUUGUUUUGUUUUAUCUAUCAUUCAUUCUAUGUAUUGUUCUAUCAAUUGUUUGUGCUAUAUCAUGUAUCUAUCGCUCGUUCAUUCGUUUGUUUGUUCAUUCUUUUGUUCUAUCUAUUGUUUGUUAUUUUUAUUGUUCAUUCUGUCGUUUGUUUUUUUAUUGUUUGUUCUAUCGUUCGUUUCUAUCCUUCAUUCGUUCAUUCUAUCUGUCAAUUGUUCCAUCAGUCGUUCACUGUGGAUUGAUGUACAUGAUCAACAAAUCUUGAACAUCAGUCUUGUUCAAAUCUUGAGAUUUUCAGUGGCCUCAAGCACAUUCAUACUUGUUAUCUUUUGAGCCAACCUUAUUGUUGAGUUCUGCACUGUGGUAUAAAAUUUGUUUGCAUAAACGAAGCGCCUACACGAGGGAAUUGAUAAAUAUCUAAAUUUUUUACUAUUUAGAUUUUCAUUUUUAAUUUGUUACUAAUUUUGUAUCUGCAUAAUCUGUGGACCUGAAAGCACAAUCCUGCGGUUGUGCUAUUUAGUAAUAUCACUUUUGUUUGAACCUGUAAAUAGGCCCGGAUGGAAUGUGUUAAACUUUCUCUCGCAUUUUCAGUUAUUUUCAAUGCAAAUAACAGAUUUAAUGUGUUAAAAUGUUAAACAGAGUCGGGAUUACUAAACGCCUGUUGGUCGCUGAAAGCACAAUCUAUAUAAUUUAACGCGGCAACGUGAACUUUGUGAAUUCAGGCGCAGUAGAUGCUUUUUAAAAACAGGCAUUUGCUGUUGACGUUUAUUGUUUGCUUAGCCCUAAUUUUUAGUCAGUAUUAAAUUUGACUUGAACGUUUUGGUAAUGGUACUUCCUGGCACAUUUCAAACCUGUUUUUGUAUGAUUUAAUUAUCGCACUACAUAACAAUACACAAGUUUUUUUUUAAUUUUUAUGUACCUUCUGCUGUUUUUUUAAACAGUAGAUUCUUUUUCUGGUACUAUUAUCAGUUUUUAUCCAUGAUCUGUAUUCACUAAUCCAACCUUGGAUCAUUGGAAUAGCUGUUGUGGUCUGUCAUUACAGGUAAAAUUGUCCUACGCAAUGAUUGAUGAUCACCUCCAACAUUAUGGACACAAAUUUUGUGUAAUGUUAAGACAGACAUCUGUGACAUAUCCCAGUACACUGCUAACUUUCAGCUAUGUCAUCUUUCUGUCACUUUUUUUUAGUUUGUUCCCUUUUUUUUUCUUUGUUUCCAAUCAGCUUAUGUUGUUUUGACCGCAAAUAGCUGCUCGACACUUUUUGGUCAUGUUAGUGUCACACUAAACAGUGUUACUUAUUUAAAAUAUGUCAAAUGUAUUAGAUGGAGCCUAGCUCACACGGAAACUCAUGCGGUGGUUCUUGAACCAGUUUAUGCGAUUCCAGCACUACACUAAUCUUCAGUCAGUUAAGCGUUUUAACAAAACUGAUUGUCUUUAGUACUGGAAUCGAAAGCUUUUGUGUCCCAGACACAGAUAAUGUCAAUUUCUGGCCUAUGUAGUGUUUUAUGCUGUAACGUAAGUCGGGAAUGGGCUUAGUUCAUGUGUAGGAGUCUUGGGUCUUGGCAUUUCUGCCUUUUACUCUGACAAAAAUAACAAACUGAACAUAUUUCGCAAACGUUUUGUUAGCGCUCCUGUUAUGCUGUAUUUGUCCUCUAUACCUCCAUUGUGCAAUAGUUUGUUUAUUUUAUUUGUUGUAAUACCUGUAAAUUAAUUUCAUGUUUUCAUAUCCUGUUUUAUUAUCCAUAUUUUUGUCUUUUUUAUUAAUUAAAGUGUUGUUGUUUUUUAGUUACUGCCAUAAUUUUGGGAAUACAUCCCAUAAAACUUAAGCUGAAUGCAUUCCUUUUUGGCCUGCCUUUAACCCUCGCCUGUGUAGAUAAGACAGAUAUUAACCAGAUAGAGAAAUGCAUAAGAGUAUACAUAAACCAUGUAUAUUAUGUGUUAUAUUUGUCCUAUGAAACUGAGUAACUGCACAUGUGUAACUCGAAACAUUUUAAGGAUUUCAGACUGCAUUGAUAGUGAUUUAGUGAUGCUUGGAUUCCUUUUGGAAAUGUUCAUGCUCCGUAUGUUGUCCCUUGAUUUAACAGAAUAAACAAAAGAUAACAUUUCAGACGCACAUAUACGUCACUCUUCUAUUCGAUUCACAUGUGUUUGUCAAGAAAAGAAAAACUUUUAAUUUGUGUAAUCUCUAACACAGUAACCCCAAAAUGCAUUUGGACACUUAAAUGUGUGUGAAUGUCACUGCAUUAGAUCAAACCAAAUGACUUUAUUUAAAAAAAAAAAAAAGGGUUUUGUCUGUUUUUUGUUUGGUUUGCUUUUAGUUUUUGUUUGGUUUUAGUUUGUUUGAUUUGGUGAACUAUAAACUGUGAGCUAGAUGUUUUUAGUAUAUUUAAUUUUUUGGCUGUAUUUGUUAGUGUCCAAAGUAAUUUUGCAUGCUUAGCUUAAUAUAACUUUUGUGAAACAUGUAUAUAGUUUGUGUUUCUGAUGUGUACUUGAGGGAAACUGACUUGGGAUCACUGUAUUUUGGGGUUAAGUUGUGUUUUGUUUUCUCAGUAGGCCUAAGAUGCAAAAGUAGGCCAAGUUCUUGUGUGAUACUGCAUAUUAAAUUGCUUUAAUGUAGCUACUAAAAUCGCAAAUCCAAACUUCUAGUUUCUUGAGGGCAUCCUUGAAGCUCAAUGGAACUUUGUGAAAACUGUAUCCUGAAACACAAGCGAACCUGCGUGUGGAAUGUUAACCGUAACAGGAAAUUCCGAGAUUGGUAUUUACUUAGUUUGUGUGCUAGUGAACUUUGGGAAUCAAAACUAUGGAAAUGGGCCAAAGAGCCUUCCAGAUUGGACUCCCAAUGUUUUUUCCACAUGCUUCAAUAGUUAUUUUCCUCUUUUUCUAAUGUUUUUUAUGAAUGCUUGACGGUACUAAUGACCAGUGUACACAAAACAUCUUUAACCCUGGUGAAUGUCUUAACACUUUCCUUACAUAUGCAGGGGGUUCUUGGGAAUAGGGGCUGCAUGUCAAGUGAGACGAUCCAGGUGUGCCAAUAAUGCUCUAUUGUGUUUUUCCAGAGCAAGGUGAGUAUGUUAAAUGCAACACACAUGUACAUGUUGAAGGUCUGGAUGGGGUCAUUAGCGUCACACUGGUAACAAGAUCCUCUGUGUGUGCUCACUUGGUUGAUUGGAUUCGAGGGGACCCUUUCACGGACUUGAGCGUAUUGACAGCUGGCUGGGAAAAGUUGGCCCGCUCCUGCGGCGAGAAUUGCUCGGAACGGGUAUUGAUUUAAAUCAGCGUGUUGACUAAUCGGACCUCGAUCUGUUCGUGAAGAGCUCCAGACGUGAGCGACCCGAGCUGGAUUUUGUGUAUUUAAUCAGCUGGGCCUGGGCCGGGGCCGGGAAACAAGGGCUCUCCACCGAGUAAUGCUGCCCUGGGGAUGUUGCGGUGCACUGACGGACACUCUUCUGCACUCCACCAGGACCGUCAGUAGAGGUAUGCUGGGAAAUGUAAGCCAGAUGGCCACUUUACAUUAUGUUGUCACACAAAUGUGGUUUUCCAUCAGCCAUUGGGAUUCUCAUUUUUCAGUCUUUGUUUUGUUGGUGCAGAGGUGAUUUGGAGGAACUGACAUGUGAUGUUAUUGCCUCCCAAUGCAGGGAUUUGCCUGGAUUUUGAUGGUUUUUCCCAAGUUGGUGCAAAUGAUAAUAAACAUCAUGUCCUGACGUUGUGCUCCAUGGGAAGUAUCAUUAUGAAAAUGUUUGGACAUGUUGGGAAGUCACAGUAUGCAGCAAGUAUUCCCGUGCAAGUCCAGCAGGUGGCAAACUCUUCCCAUGACAUUCCCAAGCUUUCCAAAGAAAAACACAUGAACAUUUUGGCCACUAUGAAGGGCUUGAUUUUGUUUUGAUUGAAGCAGCUACAUGGAUGGACCACAAGAUCCUGGGUGAUAUUACAAACUUCCAAGUUAUGUCCCAUUAUAAUCUCAAAUUGUUCAUUAAGUGAAUAAAACAAUUAAAAAAAAUAAUUCAUCAGGUGCGGCUAUAAUGGUUGAUCCCAGAAUAGGAAGGACUUCCAUUAGUAUCUCUGUUUAGUGGGUAAACGGAUACUUGUUUUGAAGAGAAUUCAGGGCUUUUUCCAUCUAAGGUGACUUAUGGAUUGUAUUUAAAAGCGUUUUGCUGCCGGCAUGAGGAAUACCCUCAAGACAAUAACAAUAUCAUAGCACGCUUCCAAAAAUGUAAAAGAGUCCUGAUUUAAUCUUUCCGCAUGAAAUCUGAGGAGCCUUCUGGCUUGAAGCCAGACAAUUAACACAAUCCUAAAUGCAUCAUUGGUGUCAUUAUCAGCUUCUCAUGUAGGUUAAAACCAUUUGUGAAUAGUGUCAAGUCUCUGGCAUCUCAAGGGAUGUGACUUUUGCAGUGGACACAUGAAGUUCAUCAGAGGAUUAGGGAAUUGUUGUAAUUAGAAAC